GAACUGGGACCCCCACUGGUGGCAGAAACCACGGAGCGUAGUGUUUGAUGAUGCACUGAAGCCAUACAGAUGUUCAACAGAGAUCUUGCUAACUCAACACAACCCAAGAGAUCUCACUAGCACUAAACUGUACGUGCACAAUUAACCUUUAUUCAUUUUCAGGGGCAGAGAAAUGUUUGUCUAUUUCAUGUAUAGAAUGUGCUUCAGACAAUAUCGUGUUUGGUGGUGCCUUUCCUGAUGAGGUGAGAAGUACGUAUUUGGCAGUCUCCUUCAUGAGAAGGUGGGAGGAGCCAGAGCUCUGUACAUUUCUAUAUAUGGUCACAUAUGGGGAGUAUAUACCAGUAUAAUGUACAGUAAUAUCCAGUAUGUACCGGACCCCUGUGCUGAGCAGCAGAUAUGGGGGUUGUCUAUAUACUUCUCCUUAUACAAGGGAUCACUGUGGAAAUUGUUUUGUAUCAGCCCCAGAACAUUGUAUCUGUGGAGGUUAAUAGGACGGCAGUCAUCACUUGUGUGUCCAGUGAAGUCUUAGAUGCCGGAUUAAAAAUUUCCUGGUAUCAUAGAAAAUGGAGAAGCAGUGAAGCCCCGAUACUGGUAAAGUCCUGCUCCAGUGAUGACGAUCCACAAAAAUAUGUCUGUAAGAAUGAGAAGUACAAGGCCUGGCUGGAGAUACAUAAUGUACAGAUCACUGACUCUGGAGUUUAUUACUGUAUGCAUAAGCACAUUCCAUAUUUUCCACAAUUUGGCAAUGAAACAAAGCUGAAUGUUAGAGACAAAUCCACCUCCAGAAGCUCUAUUCAUAUUCUUGGUCAUCUUCAGCCUCAGCAUUAUAACAGUUCUUUGCUGCUGGCUUGUGUAGUUUUAGUGGCUCAGAAUACAGUCCAUCUACACUGGAACAUCUCAGGAACAUAUUACAAGGGCCAGAUCAUCUCGAGAGAAAAAUCAAAUGGGACAUGGACUGUGAUUAACUUCAUCUCACUUCCCAAGGACAACUGGGAUCAUGGGGACAGGGUUACUUGUGAAGCUUGGAUAACAUCUUCUCCUACCAGUGUCCACUGGGAAAUACCAGGACAAGAUGAGUCCAAUGGAUAUGUUGCCUCUAAAUGUCAAGACUUUAUGAUACCGGUGGUGACUGCUGGGACUUUACUGGUGUUGACUUUGUUGAUUCACCUAAGCAGGACUAUCAAGCUUUCAGAUAAAACAGCUCACAAGGAUCCUGUUAUGGAGGAUCAAAUUGCAUAUGCCGAGUUGAAUAUAAACCGUCUUACCAGACUCAAAAAAACAACCCAAACUAUGAACUCUAAGAAUAUUAUAUAAAUUAUGGGAAAAUGCA